AUGGUGUCCAAGACUAGGCGACAGCGGCAGCGGCGGAAGGCGGUACUUGAGGCGAACAAUGGGGUUCUUCCACCGGUGGUACCGGCGGUUCCCAAGUCGGUACAUCUCAAGAACACACGGCCCAAAAUGAAGAGCAAAAUGAAGAUACGCCUCGGCCACGAAAGCCUUGUUGACAUUUAUGAGGGAUUCGAGGAUCGCAAAGGUGUUUUGUGGCACUGCCCAAAGUGUCAAAAGGAAUGCCGUGUGGUUGGAUUCUGCGUAGACUGUGCCACAGGCACAAAGUCAAGGACACACACAGGGGUGCUAAUGGCUCGCCACAAGACUGGAAAGAAGGUGGCGGUAACGUUGGCGGUUAAGAAAACAAAGAAGCUCAAGCUUAAGAAAAAGAAGUGA